GUUUUGAGUCCUUCUUUAUUCUUUCCCGUAGCAGCGACUCCCCGAAAUCCAGUAGUCGCUUUAAAAGAGAAAAACAUUUUCCCGUCAUGCUUUAAUCCUUGUUACAAAAGAUAUCGCGAUAAUAAAAGGUAAUUCGCGUUUCUGUUCAAUAUCGAGUUGAAUGGUUUUAUUUUUUAUUCAUUCUCUGCAGUUUUAUUCCAUAUUACAUACAAAAACACCGAGAACGUCAAACAGCAGGUGAACGGAUACUUUGACGGUUUUGUCGUUACAAGGCAGAGGCCGCCCACUGUUUCUUCAGCAGCCAAUGAAAUCUCGUAGAAAGCCAUCCAAUCAGGAACGCCGGCGCACUAUUUGAAUGGUCGUUCCGGAUUUCGUGCGUUUGUUCAUUUCUCCCAGAGUUAAGAUCUCUUUUUUUUUUUUGGAUUACAACGUUACUCUUAAGGCCCAAAUUUGGGUGGUUUUAAAAAUAUUUUUAAUUAGCGCUUUUAAGAAUGUCCUUGGCCCUUCGCACAGCUAACAGGAAUGCUGAAAAUGCUGUUCCGCUGGGCAAAGGCCCCAGGGCAGGUGGCCGGAGGCCCGUUCUUGGGGAGCUGUCAAACUUCCCCAGCAAAGGUGCCCCAUUUAAGAAGGCGACCAGCUUCAAAGCCCCAACCAGAAAGGCCAACAAACCUGCCUCUGAGCAGCAGGACAAGCAGCCUGCCUUGCAGUCUAAACAUCUUCCAGCCUUACCUACAGUCCCUCCUGUCGUGCCAGCCCCUACCAUCGAGUCCAUGAAUGAGGAUGAGCUGUGCCAGGCGUUUUCUAACACGCUCCUGGCUAUAGAAGACAUAGAUGAGGGUGAUGCUGAUGUCCCUCAGUUGUGCUCUGAAUAUGUCAAGGACAUCUAUGUUUAUCUCAGACAUCUCGAGGCCCAGCAGUCUAUCCGCCCUAGAUACAUGCAGGGCUAUGAGAUCAAUGAGCGCAUGCGUGCUCUGCUGGUGGACUGGCUCAUCCAGGUACACUCUAGGUUCCACUUGUUGCAAGAGACUUUGUACAUGACUGUGGCACUCCUUGACCGUUUCCUUCAAGUGCAACCAGUUUCCCAACGUAAGCUGCAGCUUGUUGGUGUGACUGCUAUGCUGAUUGCCUCCAAGUAUGAGGAAAUGUACACCCCAGAGGUUGGUGAUUUCUGCUACAUCACAGACAACGCAUUCACAAAGGCUCAGAUCCGUGAGAUGGAGACCCUCAUGCUGAGGGACCUGAACUUCCAACUGGGCAGACCACUCCCCCUCCACUUCCUCAGGAGAGCUUCUAAGGCUGGCAAUGCUAAUGCUGAGAAACACACCUUGGCCAAGUACCUGAUGGAACUGACUCUUGUGGACUACAAUAUGGUUCACUACAAUCCAUCAGAAAUUGCUGCUGCUGCACUCUGCCUCUCCCAGCUUUUGCUUGAUGGACAGAAAUGGUCUGUGACACAGCAGUACUAUUGCUAUUAUGAUGAAGAUCACCUUAGGCCAGUCAUGCAGCAAAUGGCCAAGAAUGUCAUCAUAGUCAACGAGGGACUUACCAAGAACCUUGCUGUGAAGAAUAAGUAUGCAAGCAGCAGACUAAUGAAGAUUAGUCUUCUCCCUCAGCUCAAGUCUACUUUAAUCAAGGACAUGGCUGCACCUUUGCUUUCCAAUUCAUGACUCAGCCUUCCUUUAUGGACUCCUGCCUGUUGCACUUUAAUGAUUACGAUACACUGCAUUUGGAGAACAUUUCUUGUGAUGCUUAUAUAACUCAUUUAACGAAGUGAGCUUUAAAUUAACUAUUUUUGCUGUGAUCUUCUGUUUUGGUUCAUAUCCUCUUUUGCCAAUGCAGGAGUCUGUUUUACUUCUGUGACUCUUACAAUUUUAGUUGAGUGAAUUAAAAUUGCUCUUAAAAUGC